CGUGAGUGGCGCUGUUGCUUGUGGCGGCUGCUGUGAGGGGUCGUCGUUGCGAGGCGUAUAUACACGAGGUGAACAUUGGAGAUCGAUUCAUAAGGUUCGAGCUCGCCAACACUUGAGACGUCUAUUUAUCCGGGAAUCCGAGCUCCGCUCUGUGCAAGAUGUCGAACCGCGAUUGGGAGCUCACUUGCAAGGUCUAUAUCGGAAAUCUGGCCAAUCACACCUCACGACACGACAUAGAGGCCGCCUUCGGCAAAUACGGCAGUCUUCGUAAUGUAUGGGUCGCUCGGAACCCACCAGGAUUUGCGUUCGUCGAGUUCGAAGAUUCUCGGGACGCUGAGGAUGCCGUCAGAGCGCUCGACGGCAGCAGGAUCUGCGGUUCCCGGGUGAAAUGUGAAAUGUCUCACGGUAAGCGACGCAAUGGAGGUCCCCGAGGCGGACGUGGCGGUCGCAGAUCUCGUUCCAGGAGCUACGAAAGGAAACGCUCGUAUUCUCGAAGCCGCUCGAGGUCUCGAAGCAAAUCUCACGGCAAAGAUCGCCGAGAUGUCGGACCUGUCAGAGGAGGUGGAGCACCUCGCAGAGAAAGAAGCUUCUCGCGAAGCCCGUCGAGGGAUCGGAGAACCAACAAGGUUCGCGCACUCGAACGAAGAGAAGCUGGGUCGACCGUGCGCAGACCAACACCCUCGAAUCCACCCCCGAAGACAAAAAGGAAGAAGCUUCCAUGGCUGAUAGAUUCUCAGGGUUUCAAACUCAUGCGCGGCCCGCAGCUGGAGCUAGCCCAGUGGUUCGAAUCUGCGCGCGCUGAAGCAGCUGAGCGGCUGUAUCGGAGCAAUGCCUGUUAUGGGAGAGGAGGAAAAGAUUUUGGUGGAGAGGAGCCAUUCGAGGGCUGCCGUCGCAGCAGCUGCGAUGUGAAGACGCGUCCGCCAUCUUUGAGUAGAGGGUCAAUCUCAGGUUCCCGGAGCCGCUCGUUUGCCGGAAAUUACGUCCAACCUCCUAAGGAAGUCAAGCUGCCUGCCCACGCGAAAAUGUCGAGCCGUGAUUGGGACUUGUCGUGCAAAGUGUACAUUGGCAAUUUGGCCAACCAUACAUCUAGACACGACAUCGAGUCGGCUUUUGGCAAAUAUGGGAGUCUAAGAAACGUUUGGGUGGCGCGCAACCCGCCAGGCUUCGCCUUUGUGGAGUUUGAUGACUCCCGAGACGCGGAAGAUGCGUGUAGAGCUCUGGACGGCAGUAGGAUCUGUGGCGCCCGCAUCAAGGUUGAAAUGUCUCACGGAAAGAGACGCAAUGGCGGUCCGCGCGGAGGUCGAGGUGGCAGACGAUCGCGCUCGAGAAGCUACGAAAGGAAACGCUCCUACUCGCGUAGCCGCUCUAGGUCUCGCAGCCGAUCCUAUGGCAAGGAGCGUCGCGAGCCUCCUCCACGUCGCGAGAGGAGCUAUUCCCGUAGCGUGUCGAGAUCCCGGUCGAGGGAUAGACACUGACAGACCGAUGCGUAUCAUCGGGAAAGAUCUCUGACUUUUCACAGACAAGCGAGAGCGAAGACGAAAUGAACGGAGCGUUUCCACCACAGCUUCGACCGUAAAAAGCAAACCCAUGAAGCAUCCCUGUCAACGUUUCCGAUUUGGGCUUCUAGUGAAUAUAUCAUCCAAGCAUACUUCUCCGACUCGAUUGUGGUCUCACCUGUAAUCCUUGUGACGCAUUCUGAUAUAUGAACCCUGCCAUGUUACCUUAUUUAUCGGCGUUCAUCAAUCCCUCAGUACGUAUCCCCAAUCUACCAAUCGAUUGAUUUCGUUCCCCGUCACGGGACAUCUACGCAGCAUACGUAUGGCUACAAGACAUCAUGUACCAUAUCGGCAUACCUAUACCUAUGCUAUGAUUUGCAUAAAUUAAUAAAGAAGGUUUCGUUUACGAUAAA